AUGGCGGCCUCCAACGCCGCAUCCGCAUCCGUCUCCUCGGCCGCGCCCCGCCUGCUCCUGCUCGGCCGCCGCGGGGGAGCCAGCGCCAGCGCGCAGCACCGCAAUGCGCGCUUCCGCCCCGCCGCGGCCGCCGCCGCCACCUCGGCGGGCGGCGGCAGCGGCGGGGGGUCGUACCUGGACAUGUGGAGGAAGGCGGUGGAGCGGGAGCGGCGGUCGGCGGAGCUCGCGCGCCGGCUCCAGGAGGCGCCGCCCCCCGCCGCCGAGGCGGACGCGCCUCCCGCGCCGCCCGUGCCCGUGGAGGACGUGCGGCGGCGGACGGCGCGGUUCGAGGAGAUGCUGCGGGUGCCGCGGGAGGAGCGCGACCGCGUGCAGCGCCGCCAGGUCAUCGACCGCGCCGCGGCCGCCCUCGCCGCCGCACGCGCCGUGCUCAAGGAGCCACCGCCCACCUCGCCGCCGUCCUCCCCGCCCCCGACGCCGCCGCAGGUGGCCGAGACGGCCAGGGUGGGAUCGGCCGCGGGCGGCGCUGCUAGUGGAUCGGAUCGGAGCUCCCGGCCGGCGGCGCGGGCACAGCUGUCGCCCUCGGCGGAAGUGCAAUACUCUGGGGGCUCAUCUCCUUCAAAGCAGUCAAGUUCCAAGCUUGGUACUCCAGGUCCAGAUUUCUGGUCAUGGUUACCUCCAGUACAAGAUAGCAGUAAACAGAAGGAAAGCAGUACUGGUUUAAAGCCAUCCAAGAAAAUGGAUACCUUUUCCAGUCAGCCUGAUCUGUUGAUGGAAAAGGAACGAUCAGCAGAUUCUCUAUCACUCCCUUUUGAGACAGCUUUCUUCAAAAAGAAGGAAGAUCGAUCUCUUCCUCCUUUCCAAUCAUUUGCUGAGCCUGAUAAUGUGGAUUCCAAGGCUGAUCUGGCUGCUGACAAAAAGGACACAUUUGAAGAACAGUUUUCAAAAAAUCCAGCUGAGGUGGCUCGAGCACUGAGUGAAAGCGCUGAGAAAUCAUCACAUGGAAUACAUCUAGAUGGUUCAAUGUGGUGGAAGGAAACAGGUGUAGAACAAAGGCCUGAUGGUGUAGCUUGCAAGUGGACCGUAAUGAGGGGAGUUAGUGCAGAUGGCGCUGUUGAAUGGGAAGACAAAUAUUGGGAGGCCUCAGAUCGGUUUGAUCAUAAAGAAUUAGGUUCAGAGAAGUCUGGGCGUGAUGCUGCAGGCAACGUUUGGCGGGAAUACUGGAAGGAGUCAAUGUGGCAGGAUUACACAUGUGGGGUUAUGCAUAUGGAGAAGACUGCAGACAAGUGGGGACAGAACGGUAGAGGGGAGCAGUGGCAAGAGCAAUGGUUUGAGCACUAUGACUCGACGGGCAAAACUGAAAAAUGGGCUGAUAAAUGGUGCAGCUUGGAUCCAAACACACCGCUGGAUGUCGGUCAUGCCCAUGUUUGGCAUGAAAGAUGGGGCGAGAAGUAUGAUGGCUUUGGCGGCAGCACAAAGUACACCGACAAGUGGGCCGAGCGGUCGGAGGGCGAUGGAUGGUCUAAAUGGGGUGACAAGUGGGACGAGCACUUCGACCCGAAUGGCCAUGGCAUCAAGCAGGGGGAGACCUGGUGGGCGGGCGAGUAUGGGGACCGGUGGAACCGCACCUGGGGUGAGCAGCACAGCGGGUCUGGGUGGGUGCACAAGUAUGGGCGCAGCAGCAGUGGCGAGCACUGGGACACGCACGUCCCGCAGGACACGUGGUACGAGCGGUUCCCGCACUUUGGGUUCUACCACUGCUUUGAGAACUCGGCGCAGCUCCGGUCCGUGAAGAGGCAGCCGCCACCACGGAAUUGA